AUGCUUAUUUGGCUUCUCAUACCUCUUGUUAGAGUGUCGACGCGUCCGAUUCUCCGUUUACCAAACGUCGUUAACUCCACAGCCGAUAGUAUCGAUACCUAUGUCAACGAGACCCUUAUUGAGGCGAUCACGGCUGUUGACAGGAUCGCGACGAAUACAUCGAACCUCAUUGAUCCUUCGAUAUUCAUUUCACUACGGCAGAAUGACUGGCGUGAUAACCAUCAAGAGAAAAUGAUUAUAUGGUCAUUGGAAUCACCGCAUCAUCCAGAUUUCGGUAAAAAUUACCCGAAAGGACGAUCACAUCGAAUGAAUGCCAGUUCACAAGUGAUGUCUUUUCUGAUACUUGGAUCUGUGAUCGGUUUCAUUCUCUACACCUAUUUGGCCCACGUGAUCACAACACGAAAGCUGAAUCGGGAACUCAAAGCUGCUCAACUGCGAGAGCUCGUUCACAGAUCGGCGAUGAUCAUGGCCGGCUCCGCUCAACAUAAUCAGCUCAAUAUCAGCGAGAGGCGUCGCUCUCUCAUUGAAAUGUUCAAGGGUUUUAAAUUAUAA